AUGUUACCCCAGAUCCUGUAUUACUGUCAACUAUCAAAACAAGAAAGCUACGCUCUAGCCUGUCUGAGUCCUUCACAGCUGGCGGCAGGUACAUGGGGACAGUCUCACUGUGUGGACAUACUGGACCUGACAGGGAGGAGACUGAGGUCUAUCAACACGGGGGUGAUAGGGAAUCCAGGCCACAUCCACGUCACCAGAAACAACAACUUGAUAGUCAGUGAAGAAGCAGUAAAAUCCCUUGUACAUGUGACCAGUGAAGGAGACGCUGUUUUCACCUACAAGCCCCGAGAAGUCAGAGCUCUGACAAAUCCUCGGGGUAUCACAACAACCAGCACAGGAGAUAUCCUGCUUGCAGACUAUGACGCCGAAAAGGUGAUUCAGCUGACAGAGUCGGGACAGUUUGUCAGAGUUGUCCUCACACAACAGGAUGGUCUGGAAUAUCCUGGUGGUGUCUGUCUUGAUGCUGACGGCCUGCUGUAUGUUACUUCCAGAAGAUAUGUAGAAGUGUUCAAAUUCUGCAGACGCUGAAUAUG